AUGACGAGCCUACUUCGACGACAGCAAUCGCUAUUAGAAAAAUAUGAACGGCGUUUGCAACGACUACGACGAGCGAGCACACCUUCAUCACCGGACCUCGAGUUCCGCGUUAAAGGAGCCGACGACGCCCGUCACGGGUUAGGGUAUACAUCGUCGGAUCAGGACGAUGGUGAUACACAACAGGAGACGAUGUCACUUCAAAGCUUUGCACAGGAACAACGGAGGGCAACCCCGAAUCCUCACGACAGGGAGCCACUGGACAAUCAUCGUGACAACAUGGAUACGUCAUUACAAGCACAACGUCAGGGCCAACAGUUUGUACGACAAGCUAUGGAUAACAGUCUACCGUCACGCAGGAUGCUUGAACGCACACCGUCGAGUCAAGCCACGUCAUCUGAGAAGCGUCGUCGCUUGGCUCAGCAGGCCAUACCUCCUACACCAGACAGCAUAGCGGCGGACCGCCAAGCCUUGCACGUGCAAAUGCUCAAGCUGUCGGAAGAAUUAUGUAGUGCGGUGGAAGCGAACAACUUACCAUGA